AACACAAUUUAAUAUAUAACGAAGCCCAUAACAUAACGCAUUAUGCAAAUAUCUCUCGUAUGACAUCCCAAAGAGUUUCACAAUAAGAUCUUCAGAGCAUUGACUUGAGAUGCAAGAACUGAACGAGUCUGUUUAGUCAUCCUUUUUCUUGGUCCUGUUUUAGUUCCAGUUGAAAUCUUCACUUAGGGGAGUUUUCUUUGCAUAGAGUCAGCUUUGAAGUAAAUGACUAUGACUUCUGAGACAGAGGAAGAGAACAGCAGCGACAUAGUUCCCUUAAGCGGAUCUUUCCGGUCGGCCGACCACAAUCCUGUGAUGGAAAGCGUUGGAGACGCAGCCGGAUCCGACGUAAGGAAGAAUCCGGAGAAAACACGGAAGGGCCUGGUGAACCAGAUCAAGCGCUUUGCAGGAAAGCCAGCUCGGUUGGACCGAUCAAAGUCAACGACCGGUCAGGCCUUGAAAGGGCUCAUGUUCAUCAGCAAAGCUGACGGUGGGGAUGGCUGGACCGCCGUGGAGAAGAGGUUUGAAAGGAUCACGAAAACUACUGAGGGAUUGCUGAUUAGGUCAAAGUUCGGUGAAUGUAUAGGAAUGAAGUCAAAGGACUUUGCUUUGGUUUUGUUUGACGCAUUAGCUAGAAGAAAGAAUAUGACAGGGGAAGUGAUUGAUAAGGUCAUUUUAAAGGAAUUCUGGGAACAAAUAAGUGAUCAAAAUUUUGAUUCAAGGCUUAUGAUAUUCUUUGACAUGAUGGAUAAAGACGGCGAUGGUAGACUAACUGAAGACGAAGUUAGACAGGUAAAUGUGUUUGGAUCAAUGAGGUCUUGAUUGUUUCAGACAUUAAGAUCUGCAUUCACAUCCGAAAAGUUUAAAACAGUUUCAUAUCUUAUAUUUUCUCUGUGUGUGUGUGUGAAAUUUAAAACACAACUAGAUUUUGACCCGCCCUUCAAAGGGCGGGUGUAUAUAUAGAUAUUAUUUCUUUGUAAUUUUAUUUGUGUACAAAAUAUAUUUAUUAAAUAAUAUCAGUUUAAAAGUUAACCCGUCAUACACUUGGUUUUAUGUAAUCAUAUGCUCGUAUGCCCGUUUUUUUGUAAUCAUAUGUUUUUAUGCCCGUUUUUUCGUAAUCAUAUUUAUUUGUUGUAGAUCUUGACCUGUAGAUAUAAUGUUGGUUUGUAAUUUAUUUUUUUGUUUAUGUAAAUAUGUAACUUUUUGUAAAUUUCUUAUAUGUUAAAGAAAUUUAAUUAUAUGUUUGUGUAUUUAUUCUAUUAAACAACAUGACCUACUGAUAUAGUUAUGAU